AUGUCACUUCAUACGCACGCAUUUCGCAGUAAAGAUUUCAUGGCUUCUGCGGAGGUCUUCACCUCUACCGUACCCGCACAAGCACCCCGCGUCGAACUCCACAGAUUCAUGGCUUCCCCCGGUACGCUUCUCAGCGUGCGAAGGACAGUAUGGCUGUUCUCGCUGAUCCACGCCAUCUCCGGCCGCCCCAUUGCCCACGUUGCCGAAAACGACGAGAUCCAAGAAGCCCGCUUCGCAACUUUUCUCAGUAUUUCCGUGCUCCUCGUGCUGCUGGGAGGCGUGUUUGCUGGCCUGACUUUGGGCCUGAUGGGCCAGGACGAAGUCUACCUGAAGGUCAUCAGCACGUCGGGCACGCCAAGGGAGCAGCGCGCCGCCACAAAAGUCCUCAACCUGAUAUCCAAGGGAAAGCACUGGCUCCUUGUCACGCUGCUGCUGUCCAACGUUAUCACGAAUGAGACGCUUCCCAUUGUCCUGGACCGCUGCCUCGGAGGCGGCUGGCAGGCGGUGGUCUCUAGUACGGUUCUCAUUGUCAUUUUCGGCGAAGUAAUACCGCAGUCCAUCUGUGUCCGGUAUGGGCUGGAGGUCGGGGCGUUCUUCUGCCCGUUCGUUCUGGUCCUCAUGUACGCCAUGUAUCCGGUCGCCUACCCCGUGGCACUUCUUCUGGAUUGGAUCCUGGGAGAAGACCACGGCACCAUGUACAAAAAGUCCGGCCUCAAGACUCUGGUCACCCUGCACAGAACCAUGGGCGUGGACCGACUCACCAACGAUGAAGUCACCAUUAUCUCGGCUGUUUUGGACCUAAAAGAGAAGAAGGUGUCUGAAAUCAUGACCCCCAUUGUGAACGUCUUCACCAUGAGCGCGGACGCUACGCUCGACGAGAAGACAGUGGGGGAGAUCUUCAACUCCGGGUUCUCCCGUAUCCCCAUUCAUCUCCCCGGCGAGAAAAACAACUUCAUUGGCAUGCUUCUGGUCCGCGUGCUUAUAUCGUAUGACCCUGACGACUGCCUCCCUGUGUCGCACUUCCCGCUGGCAACCUUGCCUGAGACCUCGCCUGACACCUCGUGUUUGAACAUUCUUAACUAUUUUCAAGAAGGUAAGUCCCACAUGUGUGUGGUGUCGCAAGAACCCGGCAGCUCCUCGGGUGCCCUCGGCGUGCUGACAUUGGAAGAUGUGAUCGAAGAGCUUAUUGGCGAGGAAAUUGUUGAUGAGUCGGACGUUUUUGUUGAUAUUCACCAGCGCAUCAUGCGCGAACAACCAGGGCCUCUUUCAAAGAGGCAUAUAACCUCAUACCUGCAUUCACUGUACAAAGUUACCCAGCGGCACUCGGUUGAUAACACGGGCGAAAACUCUCCCUUGCUCGAAGAAUCUCCAGACCCGGUCCAAAAGCCCAAAGUCGCGCAUCAUGUUUCUGGCGUUGUGCCUUCCAAUCUUGCUUCCAAUCCACUUCAUACCCAAAAUCCCCAUGUCAAAGUCAAGAGGCAGAUAGACAUCCCAGGACACCAUCUCAAGUUGAGUUCACCUGGCUACGGGGGCACAGAUGUAUCGCCCAAGUCUACAAGAUCUGGUUCCAUCAACUCUGCCCAGCAUUCCGAUACCUCGAUUCUUCGAGAGCAUUUGGGUGCGGCAAAGAAAGCAAUGGCUCAUACAUUGGAGACCGGAGAAAGUACCCAGGCCGUCACCUCGAAACAGUCUACGCCUGCUGAAGAUGUUGGAAAUUUGUCGACAAUCUCGCAUGAAAACGCUGCAAGCACUUCAAACUCCACCUCCGAUCGGCAGCCAAGCGAGCCAGCUUCUGAAACACAGCUCAUAUCUUCGUCGUACCGACCAAGUAUCAAGGGAAUUGUCGAGAGUGUUGUGACUGUCAAAGGUGUCCCCAAGACCAUCAUUGCACCUGCCAAGGACUGGGACGAGUCUCAAGGCGUCGUUAUCAACGAAUCUAACAAUGUUCAUGAGAGCGGCGGCUCUGGUGACGAUAACAUGGCACAUUCACUCUCGAGUAGGCCGUCCAAAAGCCGCAGAGGCAGCAUUUUUAGCCUCUUCCGUCAGGGAAGUUCUGAUGGAGGGAGUAGCGCAAGCAUUCGAGGAAGAUCUGCCCAAGCAUCCUCAUCCUCUGACCGAGUGGAGCCAGAAACGCUACUCAGCGAUGAGGCAUACUCCCUUAGAAAUACAUCUCCCCGAACAAGGUGA